UAUACUUUUGUUUUUGUAAGUUGGUAAAUGUAUAAAUGGUUAAUAAUACUUUUCUUUUGCUGUGGAUCGCUCAAAGACUCAUGCUAAUUAUACAGUAUACGCAGUUUCCUACAACAGAAUUGCUUCUUUAACAUUUAACAUCGUCACCAAUAGGUUCCACAGCAGAAUUGCUAGAUGUAUUUUGUUUCCCAAUAAUAGGUUCCAUAAAGGUCUUUGCAGGGCUGACACCUGAAUCUCCAGUUUUCUCACCUUAGGGAAAUCAAAUGAUUAAUUCAAGUACUUAUGCAUAUAUGAAGUAAAAAUGAACCUAUUAAUCUUUUAAUGAGAGGUCAUGAUUCAGAGAAAUUGACAACUAGAUUGUGUGGGAGUUGAAUAAAAUUUGAGGUGUGACACAGUGACGUGCAAAUACAUAAGUGCGAUAUCUCUUCACCCUCACUGCUGUACAGAGUCACUGCUCUGAGUGUGUCCAGAAUACACUUUUAUUUUAGGUAAAAGCAUUAACAUGAAGGUUUUGAGCCUGUUGACGUUAACUUGCACCAUUUCUAUUGCUUUGUUGGGCUGUGCCUCAGGGAAUGCCAAACAGUGUCAUUCAUGUAUACAGUUCAGCAACAUAACUGAAUGUGACAAUCAACCCCCAGAAAACUGCACAGAGGACAAGCCAUUGUGUAUAAUUCAGGUAGAAAGAACUGGAGUCCCAAACAUAGAAAUACUUACAAAAAUAUCAAUCACAAAAGGGUGCGCAACCUCAGAAGAAUGCAGUGGGGAAAGUGACAGUAUGUGGAAACCUAAGAAAAUCCUUCAAUGCUGCCAUUCUGAUCUUUGCAAUACCUUGUUCAAUGCUACCUCAACAGAAAAAACCUCAGACACAUCAGAAACCUCAGAUGCGGAAAGAAGAAGCCCAUUCCUGGCUGUUCUCCUCACUCUAACACUACUUUCCCUUCAUUUUUUGACCAUGUAAAAAGCAAUAAUUUUAAUCUACAGCCUUCAUAUACCUUUAUUAUAUUUCCACUACAAAACAUAGGUCUAAUACAAAACAUAGGGACAGGCUAUGCGCUAAUGUCAUUGUUUAAGCAAUACGUUUAUAAGUAAAUUAUAGUUAUCCAGGUUA